UCCACUGCUUAGAUGUAGAGCCUUGUGGUUGUGACCAUGCAGGUUGUAGUAGUCUGUCCACCUCCUCUUAGCUUAGCUAGAUAGAGGUGGAGUGCAAAUUCAUAGCUAAUUCCAUUUUUCCAUUACAUCAAUGAAAACUCCGGGUUUAAAUCGCAAUAAGUCAGAUGAAGCUCAUUCUCAUCAUCACCGGUACCACCACCACCAGAUUCCCCACCAUGUCCACCACCAAUAUUUACGUUCACCACCGCAACAAGUAAACAACAGCCAUGGGUUACAUGCUUUGAAUUUUAUCAUCAUCCUUUCACUUAUCUCAAUUUUCCUGCUUUUCGCGGUUGUGCUAGUUAUAUUUUUACUUCGGAAAGUGAAAUCUACGGAGAACAGCGAAGAUCGAAUCAACGAGAACAAGAACACGGAGGAAAGACUUCGGAAGAUCAGUACUGAUAGUACUUCGAUACUUUUUGGUGCUAGCCCAGAUGUGAAGAACAAAUGCUUUUAUGGAGGUGCUUUGAGUAAGAUACCAUCGAGUACUAGACUUGCAGGAGUUCAAGUAUUCACAUACAGGGAGAUUGAAUUGGCAACAAAUUCAUUCUGUGAAGAGAAUAUUAUUGGAAAUGGUAGAUUUGGAGUUGUUUAUAAAGGAAUUCUGAGUGAUGGUUCUGUUGUCGCGGUUAAGAAGCUAAACGUAGAGGGGAAACAAGGCGGUGACCGCGAAUUCAGAUUUCAGGUAGAUCUAUUCAGCAAGUUACAUUCUACGUACAUUGUUGAGUUGUUAGGCUACUGUGCUGACCAGAACCACAGGGUUCUUGUUUUCGAGUUCAUAUCGAACGGAAGCCUCCAAGAACACCUCCAUUCUUCAAACAAGCUACACCAACCUUUAAACUGGGGAACUCGGUUAAGAAUUGCCUUGGAUUGCGCUAGAGCUCUAGAGUUUCUCCACGAGUAUGCAGUUCCAUCAAUUAUCCACCGUGAUUUCAAAUGCAGCAACAUUGCAUUAGAUCAUAAUUUCAGAGCUAAAGUGUCAGAUUUGGGCUUGGCCAAGACUGUUUCUGGUAAAAUUAAUGGUGAAAUACUGAUGCAAGUGUCAGGGACGAAUACAGGGUACUUGGCACCUGAGUAUACAUCAACAGGACAGCUGAGUAGGAAAUCAGACGUUUACAGUUACGGAGUCGUUCUUCUGGAGCUAAUAACAGGCCGCAAACCCAUUGAUACCGACUCCCCUCCUGGAGAACACAUCCUCGUUUCAUGGGCGCUUCCGAGGCUAACAAACAGAGAAAAGGUUGUCGAAAUGGUAGAUCCAGCUCUACAAGGACAAUUUUCAAAGAAGGAGCUUAUUCAGAUAGCUGCCAUUGCGGCCGUAUGCGUGCAACAAGAAGCAGAUUACCGGCCUCUUAUGACAGACGUUGUGCAGUCUCUCAUCCCACUAGUAAAGAAUCACUCCACAUCUUUCCCCUCCAAUAGAUUUCAUAGCCGAACCGUUAGUCCGAGUUCUUAAAACAAUAAAAUGCGCAAGGCAGCAGUAUAGCACUGGAACAGUAAAACACUUGAGCAUUUAGGAGUCAGAAAGUGGUUUUGAGAUGACAAAAGCAAGAACUGCUACUGAAUCACAACAGUAGAUUAUUUCCCUUGUAAUAUACUGCAUUAUGAGCUUCUUUCGAUGUAAUAUAAUAAAGUCGAAAAAACGGUUUCGAAUCAAGUUACGUUUCAUUGAGUUCAUAUUUUCUACACGUUCUCAUUCUAAUCGUUAUAUCUAACCGCAACAUCAAACUCACAGGAGUUGGAGCAAGCACCAUGGUGGUCAUUUUCAUCCAAGCAAAAAAUCCAGGGAAAUGCAACCAUUGUUUCAGUGGUUUUGCACGGAUAGGGAUGAUACCCACACUUAGGAAUCCCUCCCUCUGGUCUGGGGCUCAUAAGUUAUGGCAUCAAACUAGAUUUGGCUGGCAAGGAAACCACCAUAUGGGAU